GGCAGGGAAAAAGAGUCCAGGAGUCCUGUCAAGCACUGGACUCUGUAAACAGGAUUGGAACUGUACGAUCAAUCAGACUUUGCUCCUGACUUUUAAUCUAUCUGUUUAAAAGGGGAGGUAAAGCAAAAGAAGAAGAAAUUGGGGUGCAUGUGUGCAUGCAAGCACGUGCCCACCCACAUGUGUAUCCCACCCAGUGGUUGUAUUACACUGAUACACAACAUUGCAAUUCAAUGAAAGGUUCUCUAAUGUCAAACUGGAGGAAGAGGUUUCUUUAAAGCGAUAGAUAGCUUUUCUAACAUCGAUGAGAGUGAAUGCGUUUUUCCAAGGUUGGCAGUUUUUGCAACCUGGGGCAAACAAGCCAAAUUGCCCCAAAUCUUUUUGAGAUUGCCAGAUUUUGUGUGAUUUCAGCAGUUCGCCGCGGCGCCUCUUCUACAGCAGUCAUGGUGCCACAGAAGCCGUCAGAACAAAGUAAAUCACCGUUUGCAGCCCUCCUGCUCCAAAAAUACUUUAGCGUAAUUAGUUCCACGGUGAGCUUUGUGCCAAAGCCUGCCUUUGAACCUCUUAGUCCAAUUCCAGCAUUCUGGACAAUUGGCUCCGGCCAAUUUCAGAGGCACUUCGAGGCUCUAGUGGCUUCCCGCAACAAAUGUCUUUAUGUAUUCUCACCUAUCUAAUGUUUCAAGCUGGUAUGCUAAUUUAAUUCUGCAGACUUGGCAUAACGCAUAAAAUAGAGGGGUAGGGCUUUUAUUAGCAACCAAGUCAAGAACGUUGCCUGGCGGCUGCCACAAAACCAGUUCACUAAUUAAAUAAAACAUGGAAAGUAGCUAAAUUGGAGAGAUGGGUGGCUUAUUUAAAAUAAAGAAAAUACUCUGGAAAGGAAGGGUUCUGGUAUGGAGACCUUCUGUAUAGUGCUAAUCAGUAUACCGUUCUUGUAAGUGUAAGAUCACUGUACUUUUGCACUGCAGUUAGCUGUCUGGGUUUACGUGAAGUGCAUCCAGUGAAAACAUUGUCUAAAAGUCACCGUUUGGGGCCAUCCUCUCCACCUUUUGGAGCCUGCUCUAAUCCUCAGCUUCAAGAGAAGCUUUUGGAAGAACAUGGAGCCUAUCGCUGAGUGGUGUCAGUUACCCCCCAAGGAUGCUGCUAAGAUGCCUGAAAGUGCCUGGAAGUUGACUUUCUACAGCAUCUCCUGGUCGUACGGCACUUACUUGCUCUUCUUUGCUGGAUACCCCUUUUUCCAUGACCCACCUUCUGUCUUUUAUGAUUGGAAAAAGGGGAUAGAGGUGCCGAUGGACAUUGCAGUCGCCUACCUAAUGCAAGGCAGUUUUUAUUGCCAUUCUAUCUACGCCACUCUGUACAUGGAUGCCUGGCGCAAGGACUCGGUUGUCAUGCUCAUUCACCACGUGGUUACUCUGACCCUCAUCAUUUUGUCCUAUGUUUUUAGAUACCACAACAUUGGGAUUCUCGUGCUCUUCCUUCACGACAUUAGCGACAUCCAGCUGGAGUUUACCAAACUCAAUGUUUACUUCAAGUACCGGGGUGGCAUUUACCACCGUUUGAACGAUACCAUGUCUAAUGCUGGCUGCGUCUCCUUCAGCAUUAGUUGGUUCUGGUUCCGUUUAUACUGGUUCCCCCUGAAGGUGCUUUAUGCCACGUGCCACACCAGCCUGCAGUCUGUCCCUAACAUCCCUUUUUACUUCUUCUUCAACACGCUGCUCUUCAUCCUCACGCUAAUGAACAUCUAUUGGUUCCUGUACAUUGUUGUCUUUGUGGCCAAAGUUUUGCUUGGACAAGUCCAGGAGGUGAAGGAUGUACGGGAAUAUGACAUUGAUGCUGCCUCUAAGAAGACAGACAGGGAACUUCACCUCUACAACUCUUGGAAGGAUGGAAAUCAUCUAAAGAACGGCAUUGUGAAAGACAAGCGGUUAUAGAGGUUGCUCACUGGACCACAUUGCACAGAGCCAGACUCUGGAGAAACCUGCAAGGACCCCUUCGUUCAAACUCCAGCCUCCUCAAGGGGGCCAAAGAAACAGAGCUGCCACCCUACCCCACCCAGGGUUGACAACUAGUGCUAGCUGGGGAGCAAUGUCCCAGGAUGAUUUACCAAUUUUCUUUUUUAAACCCUCUGGGGUUGGAUUCAAGCUGGAUUUCCGUUAACAGUGAUGGAACUAGAAGUAGAAGGAGGCCGAUGAUGUGUCAUUUUGUGAUGUCAGGUUGGAGCAGGGCAUUCACACAGAGAGUAGCUGCUUCCACCCUUUGGUGCAUCAGUGGGCCCUAGUAGGAAGAGCUCCCACCAGGGUGGAGGGAUGAGGAACCGUCACUUUUCUGUGGUCUCUGCCCAGCAGGGCCCUCUCUGUGAUGGCCCCAAGAAGGCGGAACUGCUUCCCCCUUGAUUCAGGACUCCUGAUUGGUUAAGAGAAAUAAGGGGGAACCCCUUCAGAAUCUCCAGCUGGCAAAGGCAAUGGUGGAAGAGUAAAAGCACAUGUGUGAAUCGAUGAAUUUUCAGCCUUGCAAAUUUGGGUUGAAAAGGAGUAUCCCACAAUGCCCUGUGGCACUUUUAUCACUGUUCCCUUUUCUAAACAAUGUUUUUUCCUGCCCUUUGUUCUGGUUGGGAGAGGAAAAUGGGGUGGUGGUACUUUAUGUCUCUGUGUGUGUUGGUUUAAGUUGUAUAUAAAAUAAGGCUUGAAUUCACAGUACAA